GAUCGUUUAGUUUCAGCGAAACGGAUGCAUUACAUCGUAAUAGUGAGUGGUGCUCGCCAACCUACAGGAGUGCUAACAAGUAGUAACCAGACUCAUAGUCAACGUCCGCCAUAACGAAUACUUCAUUUAACAUUUUUGUUCUUAUAACGAGCAAGUCGAAUAGCUAUGUUAAUACUCCUUUUAAACGAACAAACUCUCUUUUAUAACGAGCAUUUGGUUAGGCACUCAAAUUUAUUCAUAUAAUUACUACUAAAUUAUUGAAAUAAAAUCCUUUUUAGAAGGGAUCAAAGUAUAUUGUGCCCUGUAUAUUCAAAUAUAUUAGCCACACCAAACAGUUCUAAAGAUUAAUUUCCGGUGAAAGAGUAUAACAAUAAAAACUUGACCGUGAUAUUAUUUGUUUAUACUUUUAGCAAUACGGCUUGACACCGUAUUGUCGACCGUGAUUUUACUUCAGUGAAAAAUAAUUACAACGAUUGAAAAAAAAAACCUUUCCUGUAAAACAAUUAAUCCAUUUUGCAUCCAGUAUACGACAUAUUGGAAAUAUAAUUUUAAGUACGGCAUUAAAUUUAAAAGUGAGAGGUCAAAGGUAAAAUUUAAGUCAUAAAAGUAAUAAAAUAGCUUUUCCUAUUUGAACCAUUAGAAAAACACACCUUCCCGAUUGCGACUACUUCAAUGCAGUGCACUGUAUAAAUAAGCCAGUGCGCAUGUAUAUAAAUACGCCAGUGGAUAUACAUAGUUAUCGUUCGGCAGCCGAGCAGUGAAGACCUACUUUUAAGCACUGGACUGGACUGUACGCCGUACACGCCAGACGAAUUUUACUGUAGAGCUGAAAGGCACGGUCGAGUGCAGAGUUUCCACCAAACAACAAUAUUAAACACGCAGCAGUGUUCACCACGUGUCGCUCUCUGUGUUUGUGUGUUUAUGUGUGUGUUCAGUGCUGUAUUUUUUGUCAUACCGUUAUUGACUUUCCACCGUUUAAAAGGUAACGUUGUGAAAUUAAUAGUUCCAUGCCAGUGAGAGCCUUACUGCUGGAGGGAUCAAGGAUUAGUGCAGGCAACAGUGAGUGAGCAAGGAACACACACACAGCCCCAGGUAGCAAACAUACCAAAAUCGGCCCCAGCACCAGGAAUGUCAUCGUCAUCGGCCGAAAAGACGCCCGUUGCUAAAGGAAACGAAGGUUUCGCCGCCAAGGCACCUGCGACGCUGGAUCCAAGUGUGCCGAAGAAAAUUGUUAGCGCUAUACCAAAGCAAAGACAACAGUUGCUCAAAUGGAACGGAUGGGGCUACAAGGACUCGCGUUUUCUCUACCAGGAUGGAACGAUCGUAUUCACUGGCGAUAGGUAUCCGAUCGGGGGGAAAGUUUCGCUUCCUCACUUCCGUGACUAUGUGAUCGAAAACUUCAACGUCGAUCUGUCCGAUCGGCGGGAAGGAGUUCCGGUGCCGAACGAAUUUCCCGACCCGGUACCAUGCCCAGAGUUCCUGCAGGAUGUACGACGAUCCGGUAUCGACUGUACACAGAACGGAGAAGACCGCUUGAUCCGGUGUCACGGGCAAACGCUGCACGACGUACACAUGAUGCGUACGGGAACGUUUAAACGCAUCCCGGAUGUUGUGCUGUUCCCCGUCUCCCACGAACAGGUCGAAAAAAUUGUCCACUACGCCAACCGGCACAAUGUGGUCCUUAUACCGUACGGUGGUGGUACUUCCGUUUCCGGUUCGGUCACCUGCCCGGAAGGCGAAACACGCCCCAUCGCAGCACUCGAUACGUCGCAGAUGAAUCGGAUGUUGUGGAUCGAUCGUCAAAAUCUGGUAGCCUGCUUCGAGGCGGGCAUUGUUGGGCAGGAUCUUGAGCGUGAGUUACGGCAACUAGGGUUCACCGUCGGACACGAACCGGACAGCUACGAGUUUUCCACGCUCGGCGGCUGGGUGGCGACCCGUGCCUCUGGCAUGAAGAAGAACGUGUACGGUAACAUCGAGGAUUUGUUGGUGCGCGUGAAGAUGGUUACCAGCCAGGGCGUGCUGGAACGAAGCUUAGCGGUGCCGCGCGUUUCCUGCGGACCCGACUUCAACCAUCUUGUGUUGGGCUCGGAAGGCACGUUAGGCGUCAUCACGGAGGUGGUUAUCAAGAUUCGCCCGCUGCCCCAGGUUAAGCGGUACGGGUCGCUUGUCUUUCCAGACUUCGGUUCCGGGGUACGGUGUUUGCGGGAAGUUGCCCGGGAGCGGCUGCAGCCGGCCAGCAUCCGGCUCAUCGACAACGAGCAGUUUGUGUUUGGGCAGGCACUCAAAAUUCCGGGCGGUCCGCUGGCGACGGUUGCCGACCAGCUGAAGAAGGUGUACCUAACGCGGGUGAAACGGUUGCAGCUGGAUCGUAUCGCGAUCGCGACACUGCUGUUCGAAGGUCACGAAGCGCAAGUCAAGCAGCACGAGGCAAAGAUCUUCGCGAUCGCCAAGCAGCACGGCGGUUUCUCGGCCGGCAGCAGCAACGGGGAAAAGGGUUACAUUCUCACCUUCGUCAUCGCAUAUAUCAGGGACCUGGCGCUGGACUACAGCAUUGUGGCCGAAUCGUUCGAAACCUCCGUAUCGUGGGAUCGUUGCGAAGCUCUUUGCACCAACGUGAAAAGCUGCGUUCGAAAGGAAUGUGCCAAACACAACAUUCAACACUACCUCAUCUCGUGCCGGGUGACACAGACGUACGAUGCCGGCGCCUGCGUGUACUUUUACUUCGGAUUUAACCAUGCCGGCUUCGCGAAUCCUGUCACCAUCUACGAGGAAAUCGAGAACAAGGCUCGCGACGAAAUUCUCGCCUCGGGCGGCUCCAUCUCGCACCAUCACGGCGUCGGCAAGAUAAGAUCGCGCUGGUACCCCCAGAGCGUGUCCAACGUCGGUGUACAGCUGUACAAAGCGACCAAGCGGGAACUGGACCCAAACAAUAUCUUUGCAGCCGGCAAUCUUAUACCGAUCGAACUGCAGGACAGUGCUAGCGAAACGAGCUGCGUGAAGGCUAAGCUGUAAACCGGGGACCGCCUCAUCGAACACGUUUGAUAAUAAUAGCAACACACAACAAACCGAGUAAAAGCAAAUAAUGCUCCACCGCUUCACGGGGCUGCAGUGACGUCCGCGCUGUUUGCAGAAAUGGCCGAUCACUUCCGUCCCAUCGCCGGAAGCAUGUGUUCGUCUUCGCUUGCGUUACUUUGCGUACCGAGAGCGGGCCAAACAUCCCUUCAUCAAUUCUUUUUCCUGUAAAUGCGCACGUGGAUUGUGGGCGGCGCAAAAUCGGCGGUACUGUCUGACCGAACCCCCGCACUCCAGCAAGCCAGUUAACAAACAUUCCAUGCCAAAAACUCUCCCCCGUCGUAGUAGCUUAGCUGAAUUUAGCGUAUUAUUUUAUCCGAAACAAUGGUGAUUUUGUGUUGCUAGACUAGCCUUUUUGUUUUCGUUUUGAAUUGUUUUUACAGCUGCUAGUAUAUAUUAAUAAUGGUGACAACAGUUAGAAUUGAUAGUUCCAAUUGAUUGAAGCGUGUGAAUACUUUUGUUAGCGCAGGUUUUUGCUCUUUGACGUGAAAGGUGAUUUUUUGUUUGGGUUUUACUUAAAAAUUUCACUUUAAAUUGUGAAACAAUAAAAUCUAAAUGCAAAUUACCUGUUUGCUGUUUACUUGGCGUCGUCUCUAGAUGCUGACCGCUUAGCCAAAUAAAAGUUGGAAUGCGUCAUUUAACGGCAUCGGUAAGCGUU